ACAUGUCAGCUGGCUCGCUGCGGCCUCCAUUUUGCAGUAGUUUUGCUAGCCAGCUGCGUCCGUUCGCGGUGCGGCAUUAGUAAAUAAAGCGCUUAAAAGGACUAUUUCAAGCUGAAAGUGGCAUUUUCACGUUCAAACGAUGUCUGAACCAUCGGCAGGCACGGAGGCUCCGGAAGGCGCAGAGGUCCGCAAACUGUCGGAGCUGAGAGUUAUAGAUCUAAAGGCAGAGCUAAAGAAACGAAAUCUGGACACCACAGGCGUCAAGAGUGUGCUGUCGGAACGUCUGAAAAAGGCAAUCGAGGAAGAGGGAGGAAAUCCUGAUGAGAUAAUUGUCGCCCCGGAGACAGCCCCUAAGAAAUCUACUCCUAAACGGACUGCCAAAGAUACAAGGCAAGAGAAUGACGAACCAGAGGACACUGCUAUCGAGGAGGAUUCCCGUGAUGGUCAUAAAUUAUGCCCUUUUUUUCAGGAGGAGCUGCAGGAUGAUCAUGAGAACAUGCAGGAAAUGGACAUCCUUGACAUGAACAUUCUGGACGAGACAGAUAAUGACAAUGGUAUACCAGCCGAUGAGGAUGAAAUAGAAUAUUAUCGCUCUGACGAGGACGAUGAAGAGCGUGAUGACGGGGCCUUUGAGCCAGAAGUAGAAGCAAGAGGUCCUGAGGUGGAUGAGUCAGAGAUGUUGGAUAAGGAUGAAUUUAUGACAUUCUCAUCAGUCAAUAUGUCUCAGGAUCCCGAAGCAGACGACGUGAGAGAAGAAACAGAAAAUGACAAAGUAGCCGGGUCUUGUUUAUCUGAGCCGCUUAUCGAAGAUCACCACCAGAGCCACGAGACGAGCCCUGAAGAAGAGCAAGCUGCCACCAUGGGAGGGGAAGAAAUUGUGUCCGACACUGGUGCCAAGUCCGACAUGGCCACCUCUGGAGAUGUGGAGGACAACAAAGAUCUUGUGGAGACUGACACCAGAGAGGUUGGGGACACGCAGAAUGUCCCCGAAGAGACAUUUGACGCUGAAAACAAAAGUUCGCAGGCUGUUAGUGUAAGCAAACAGGGCGCUGGGGGUGAAACUGUUGAUUCAGAAAUGGGUUCUAACAAGGGUGAGGAGGAUGAGAAGACAGAAGAGAAAGCUGCUACGGAUUCAGCCUCGACAGUGAAAGAGUCCUCUUCUGUAGAGGGCGAUGAUCAGAAAAAAAGCUCUGAGGAAAAAGAUGGCGAGACUGAGACAAAAGACGAAAAGGCGGCUGGAGGUGGUGUUGCAGCAAGCAGUAGCAGGAAUCUGUGGGUCAGCGGUCUCUCUUCCACUACCAGAGCGACAGAUCUGAAGACUCUCUUUAGCAAAUAUGGCAAGGUUGUUGGAGCUAAGGUUGUGACCAACGCCAAGAGCCCUGGUGCUCGUUGCUAUGGUUUUGUCACCAUGUCUUCCACAGAGGAGGCCACCAAGUGCAUCAGCCACCUUCACAGGACCGAGCUGCAUGGCAGGAUGAUCUCUGUGGAGCGGGCUAAAAAUGAGCCUGCGGGGAAAAAGCCAGCAGACAAGAAUGACACCAAGAAGUCUGGCAGUGACAGGAGACACUCCUCCGAUUCCAAAUCUGAUGGAAAGGAUGAGAAGUCUGAGGGAGAAGGGAAGGAUGGCAAAGGGCGAAAUGAGAGAACUGUAGUUAUGGACAAGUCCAAAGGAGAGCCUGUCAUCAGUGUCAAAACCAAAAGCAAAGAACGAAGCACAAAGAGUCGAGACCGCAAGUCAUCCAGCAAGGAGAAGAAAGACAUCCUGUCAUUUGACCAGAUAAAAGAGCAGAGAGAGAGGGAGAGGCAGAGACAGCGAGAGCGGGAGAUCAGAGAGGUGGAGAGACGCAGAUUCACUGACCGAGAUCGUGACAACCGUCCUGACCGUGAGCGCGAGCGAAUCCGUCUGUUCCGGGAGAGAGAGGAGAGAAAGCACUUGAUGCGGAAGAGACACUGGCUGGAGGCUGAGAAGCAGCGUCUCGAUGCAGACCGUAUGGAGCGUCAGUUCUUGGAGCGAGAAAGGCUACGUAUAGAGUACGAGAGGCGGCGCGAGCAGGAAAGAAUCCUCAGGGAGCGCGAUGAGCUGCGACGGCAGCAGGAGCAGUUGCGUUAUGAACAGGAGCGACGCUCCCUCAAGAGGCCUUAUGACAUGGAUGGCAGGAAAGAUGACUGGCCUGAUAAGCGCAUGACCAUGGACGACCGUUAUGGCCGCUCAGAUUUUGGUCGACAGGAACGUUAUCAGGACUUUGACCACAGGGACAGGGGCCGUUACCAAGACGACAUGAUGAUGGACAGGCGUGACAACACUCGUGGGAUUGGUGCAGACAGAGAUGGUCAACACUUCUCAGACAGGUCAGACAGACAUGGCAGAGAUGGCAGAGACUCUUGGAGUGGAGGCUAUGACAAACGCAUCAACCCCAGGGAAGGAGGUCGAGACUGGGACUCCAGCCGGAAGAUGGAUGGAGACAGAGCAUGGCAAAGUAGAGACGGUGCCAUCCCAGGCCAGAGCCACAUGGCCCGUGGAGGAAUGGCAGGCCGUGGAGGUUACAUGAACACAGGAACAUCUCAGUCCCUCUCUGGAGCUCUGAACAGACAGAACCAGCUGAUGCAGGGCAGCGGGCUGCAGGGUGGUGCUUUUGGUCGCCGCUACUGACCUAAAUAUCUGAAUUAAAUAGUGGGACCGUUUCAGGAGGUCACAUCACAGAGGAUGUGACCAUCUCGGUUUUGUACAUGUUUUUAAAUUUUGAGUUCUUUUUUGACAAAAAUUACAGUCCAUUUUUGUGGGAGAACCUGUAUUCUUCUGGGUGCUUCCAUUUUUGUUUUUUUUGUUUGUUUGUUUGUUUGUUUGUUGUUGUUUUUUUUUGCUUUUUUGUUUUCUUUUUCAUUCAGUGUGUGAUGUAGGAAUCUCCUGCCUUGUGUGCAUCAUUCAGUCAAACCUUUGUAUAACAUAGCUGUCUGCUCACAAGAAUAUGUUGUCCUGUGGAGUCACGUCGGAGCUCUGGGCUGUAAAUUCAGAUGUUUUAUAGACACCUGGGCUGAUGGAUCUAAGCUCUGGAGUGUACUCUGUAUCCCAGUUUGGGUCUGAAGCAUUUUGGAGGUUUUACCUUGUUAAAUGAGCCUUGUUGUUCAGAGCUUCAUGCUCUUAUUUUGACAUCAUUCUCUUUAUAAGACAGAUGGUUGAAGUUGUGCUGCUGACAAAAAGGUUUUUAAACUGUGUCACAUUGUGGUUAUUCAAACACGUUAGACUUUUUUUUAAUAUUUCAGUUGUUAUUUUUUUGUAUAUAAUAUUUGAUUUGUGUGAUGUUGAAUAAUGGUAAUAAAAGCCCCCUGAAGUGUCGUGUA